GUGAAUGUGACGAGGUGAUUUUAAGUUCACUGGCAUUAUUAUUAUCCAAUUCCAAAAUUUUUUAUAAACUGACACGUAUUUUUUUUUAAAUAUACACGACUAUUUUUUAUAUAUUUUGCACAUUAUUGUUUUAAAUAAUCGCCUGUAAAAAUGGAGUAUCUUAAGAAAGUUUCGGAAUUUUUUUUUACCAAACAAUGUAUGAAAGAAUACUUUACAAAUUAUAAUUUUUUCCAUGUUGAAUGUUUCAAAGCGACUCUCAGCAAAGUACUUGGCACUGGAAUUAUCGCAGGAUCUUUGACAGUUAAAUUACCACAAGUUUUUAAAAUUUAUGCCAAUAAAAGUAGCGAGGGAAUUAAUUUUAUAAGUGUUUUAUUGGAUUUAUUUGCGAUAACUGCAAUGGGAUCAUACAGUUUUACAAGUGGAUUUCCUUUUAGCGCCUGGGGUGACAGCGUAUUCUUGGGCUUGCAAACUUUAGCGAUAGCUCUGCUCUGUCUUCACUACAGCGGCGAGACAAUUAAAGCGACUGCGUUUUUUUUCGGCUACAUGUCAAUAAUCCUGGGAGUGAUCACUGGAAUGGCGCCAGUUGAUGUCCUCUGGGCUUGUCAGAAUAUAAACAUUCCGAUAAUUCUCCUCAGUAAGUUCUUCCAAGCUCGCACCAACUACAAAAAUUCAAGUACUGGACAGCUAUCAGCGGUGACAUGCUUCAUGCUAUUUUUCGGAUCACUCGCUAGAAUAUUUACGUCGAUCCAAGAAACCGGAGAUACCAGUAUGGUUAUUAUGUAUAUAUGUUCAACGACAGCGAACGCUGUUAUUGCAGGGCAAUUGAUAUAUUACUGGAAUGCUGGUGAUAAGAAGCAGAAAAAAAAUAUUAAAAGCAAUAAAAAGUCAUCGUAAUGAUAAUUAUCUGAUAAAUAAAAUAUACAGUAAAUAGUAUUUACACUUACAUAUGUUAAUUACAGUUGAAUGAAAGGCUAAAGACAUCGAGUUAGACUUAAAGUUACUUUUUAAAUUUUAUACGUAUGUUAAAUAUAAUAAAUGCUAUUAGUUGUAACAUUAAAUUAUUGUCGUUACUA